CAUUUUGGUAUUAGUGCGCAUGCGUAAGCUCUGGAAAAUCGAAGAUGGCGGCUCUUAGUGGGUUAAGGAGCUUUCGUGCGCUUCAGAUGAGGCCUGUCUUGGCCCUCAUGAAGAUGCCAACAAGGGAUGCCUCUGCGGCAGCAGCCACUAGCCAAGAGCCUCGCUAUAAAACCUUUUCAGUUUACAGAUGGGACCCAGAUAAGGCAGGAGACAAGCCCAGAAUGCAAGAAUUCAAAGUUGAUCUCAACGACUGUGGACCCAUGGUGUUAGAUGCUCUGAUUAAAAUCAAGAAUGAGGUGGAUCCCACCUUGACUUUCCGUCGCUCCUGCAGGGAAGGAAUUUGUGGGUCUUGUGCUAUGAACAUUGGAGGUAAAAAUACUUUGGCCUGUAUUUGCCGCAUUGAAGAUUUGAACAAACCUACCAAAAUCUAUCCACUCCCACAUAUGUAUGUUGUCAAAGAUCUGGUCCCAGACAUGGCCCACUUCUAUGAACAAUACAGGUCUAUUGAACCUUACCUGAAGAAAAAAGAGCAAGUGGAGUAUGGAAAAGAACAGUACCUUCAAUCAAUUGACGAUCGAAAGAAGUUGGAUGGUCUUUAUGAGUGCAUUCUGUGUGCAUGCUGCAGUACCUCAUGCCCAAGCUACUGGUGGAAUGCUGACAAGUAUCUGGGACCAGCCGUCCUGAUGCAGGCUUAUCGCUGGAUGAUUGACUCAAGGGAUGACUUUACAGCUGAGCGUGUUGCAUUCAUGGAUACUGAUGAGUACAAAGUGUUCCGCUGCCACACCAUUAUGAACUGCACACUCACUUGCCCUAAGGGACUCAACCCUGGGCUAGCCAUUGCAGAGAUCAAGAAGAUGGUUGCCAUGCAGAGAAACAAGAAAGCUGCUGCCGCAGUAUAGAAAGUACUAGAUUAUUUAAGAUGGUUCUUGCUAAUCCUAGCAUGAUAAGAUUAAAUGUAGAAAUAAUGCAUACUAGUAUGUAUGGUACUUUUUAUUUUAUAACUUUCUUCACUAUGUAGAAAAAGUGUUUGUGUUAAAAGGAAGAUCUUAUGUAACUUAGUUGGUAUCUGUACAGUAGCUACCAACUCCCUACUCUAAAUUGUCUACAUUCAGUACAAUCUUGUAAUUUAAAGAAUAAAUUAUGACUUUUAGAUUUAAA